CUUGAUAUUAAAUAAUCAUGGGUGCUACUUAAGCAUAAAAGUUGCUUUAAAAAGCAAUAGAAACAGAUAAUAUUGAAAAUACAAAAUAAGUUUUGAAAGAAUUUCCAGAGUUAUUGAAUACUAUUUUGUAUCCUGCAGGAAAUAUAACUCCAUUAGCAAGAACAUCGUGGAGAGGAUGUUUAGAUAUGGUUAUGUUAUUAUGUGAAGGAGGAGCAAAUCCAGAUAUACCAGAUAAAGAUGGUUUGACUCCUUUAAUGUGGGCUGCUAAAAGAGAUCAUGCAAAUAUUUGUUGUACCUUAUUGAGAUUUCAUGCAGAUAUCUCAAAAAGAUCAAGAGAAGGAUUUACAGCAUUAGAUUAUGCUAUAUUAUUAGGAAACUAUGAUUCUGCAUAUAUUAUUUAUGAAUUUGAUAAAUUGAUUUAAGAAUCAUCUAGCUAUGAAUUAAUUAGAACAAUUAAACAAUGGAGAUAUGUAAAUUAUGAAGUAUUUCUAUAAUCAUUAUAACAAUCUAUCAUGCCUUAAAAUGUUGGUGAUUUCACAACUAAGCCUAUAGGUAAGCAAUUUUAUAAUACUAAUUUAGGUAGAAUUUAUAAUGAUCCAGUUGUUGAUCCAAGGGAAUCAUGGAAGGAUAUGUUGAAAAGAAUUAUGAAAUUUGAUCCUCCUCCAAUUUGUGAAAGAAGUGAGUUACCUCAACAUCUCUAACCAUAAAAUAGAUUAUUGGGAAGACUUAAUAGUUAUAUUUAUGGGAUGAAUCCUAUGCCGAUCGAAGGUAAUUCUAUGGAAAUGUAAAUACCAGAAACUAAUAAUGAAUUUGUGUGA